UCUUAUCUUCUCUACUUUACUAAAUUUAAGAUUUUGUCACUUAUGUUGGAUGUGGGCACAUACUAUGAAACGCUCCUACAGAACGAUCUCUAUUUAGGAGAAGAACACCUUGAGAUUCUUGAUGAAUUUGGUGAAUCCGUUGUACAGGGAAAUGCUGGUGCAUCGGGUCGAUUACUGGGAACUGUAAUAGCUCAAGGUCGCCUUUUGUCGGAAUUUGUGAACCAGAAGAUUGUUGUUGUGGGAGCUGGAAGUGUCUGGCUCGGUGUUUCUAAGAUGGCACUACAUGCAGUUGCAAGAAUGGCCCUGGCAGGCAUCCGUGAGAUUGAUGCAACCGAAACUGUUCUAAUAUGAGGACACAGUGAGUUACAUGACGCACAACAAGUGGUUCCCAAAUCUACGUUCAUGAGAAAUAGACUCAGGACUGAAUAGACUAUCUCAUAUAACUCUUCUCAGCUUUCAUGGGUCACCACCUUGACUGCUGUGUACUUCUUUUGGCAAAUAUGAAAUCGUUCCCCUCCCCAAUGCUUUAAUUUUGAAUAUUUUUGUUCUUAACAUCCGUAUGUGCUCUUCUUAGUUCUUACCACACCACUCUGAUUCUUUCUAUGAGUUUAUCUCGUUUUUUGACAAAACCCAA